AGCGAUUCAAGACCCGUAACCACGCUCCUAAGAAUGCUUCAAUAUUGACUUCUCUCUAGGCGAAAUAAAUAGCCCCAAUUGUACUCGAAUAUUUGUCUUUUCUCUUACAUUCAAGAUUUACUUGCAUCGACAAUGUGUAAAAUCCUGCUAAAAAUAACCAGUUGAGCCAGACAAGCCUAUCAUUAACAAAGAGUACUAGUAUUUAGGAUACGGAUACCCAAAUGUGCAUGGAUUCUCAAACAGGACCAACACCUCAAGACACACUUUAAGAUCUCAAGACAUUUACUUCAAUUUGAAUUUUAUCGGCAUCGUCUCUGUAAUCAAGGUCGAUUCGAUUUGCCAGUUUCAAUGAACAAGAUCAACGCUUUGUGAAGACUCUUUAAGUCUGUAAAACAAACGCGGUAAAUCAACAUUUCGAAUUCAAAACCAUUUCAAAACGUACAAUAAAAAGCUUCCGACCUGCCGGAGUCACGUUUUCGCAACAUCAAGGAUUCGUACAGCAUCAUCGGUGGUAUUGAAGAAUCGUUGCCAUGGCAACACAGCUCCUCGGAAGGACUUCGUGCCAAGUAGAACGUCAUCAGUAAGAUAUAAUAAUUACUGAAUAAUUGCUAUAUCGAUUUGUUUGAGGCUAGGAUUCGUGUGAAAAGAUGAGAGUUCGUCUCACCGUCAGAGCAGGUGCGUGUUAGCAGAGCUUCCGGCGGCGAGAGAGAGCCCGCGGUUUCGUGGAAUGUUUUGCUACAGGCUUGGGUAUUUUCUUCUUUGAAUAUCGACGAAGAGACAAACAAUUUUUGCAGAGAUGAAUAUAUUUCCUUUACUUACAAUGUUCAUUCAUCUCGCCUUCGAGUGAUACCUUUCUCAUGUCACUCGUCAGUGAUCAGUGCACUCAGGAUUCGGAAAACCCGCCCCCGAUUGAUAAUCGGUUACUGAAAACUUUCAUUUAUUUAGAUGAUACACAUCGAAGAUGUCGUGCGAGGCGUUUUUUGUCUUUUCUUUGGAUGUGAAUGUUCAUCAUCAUAAUCUUAGGUUGAUGAAAUUGUGAUGUGAGAAUUAACUGAAAAGAUUAUGUGUAACAACUGAAAAGGAGGAACAUAAACACUUGCUACUUGCUAUUGCUAUGAAUUUAUUUUCUAAAUCGAUAACGUUCUGAGGUGGUGGCACCAGCUUUGGUCGAUGACAAACUCAACAUGAGCGGUGUCCGGAAGAAAAGAUGGAAAGGCCCUCUACCGGUCAGUGCUAUACAGGGAGUUCUCCUCAAGGACAACCGUUUCGCUGGUAUGCUGCUGGAGGACCAGAUGAAACAAAUGACAAUAGACCGGAGACGAGCGAAAAACCUGCUAGACUGGCAGCAACAGUCGUUUUUAUUGAGCCAAGCAAUUAAGGAAACGGAACUACGAGAGAUGGGAGUAAACCACACGUCGUUCUUGCCAGAGGUCACGAUGAAGGUAACAGAACCAGCCGUCAGGGCCAGGCGUCCUUUCGGGAAGGUCCGCCGCUCUGCGUCUCAGAUGCUCGAAGACUUGAACAUGUUUGAAAAACGGUUCUCGCUUCCCGAUCUAACGACUCGAAGGAGUCGAACCUUACCCGAGUUUUCUGUCUCCGCGCCAUCUCUGACCAAACGGAAGACAACCCGUGAACAAGAGGAAAGUUCGUCCACGCAAGGCGCCCCCGUUGAAACCAGUCGCUCAAAUUUCACCCAGCUACACGGUAUUGAUCUACGCAUCCCUAGGAAAAGCAAAACUGAAAUCGAGUUUAGACCGAGAAGGAAACAGUCACAAGCAGCUGCAGCUGGUCGGAUGUGUGGGGACCAUUUACCGCUCUACGGACCCGAGGCCGAGGCGGAGCGAGAGGAGAAGGAAAAGCAGUACGUCAGAAACCUGCAGCGCAAAAUGAGAGAGCUGAAAGUCGAAGAAGAUGAUCGCUUUAAGCGACUGGAGAUGAGUCUAGUCCGUGAUUCACCGGACCCGAAUGAGUCGGAUGACAGACUGAAAAUUUCAGGUUUGGAAAAACUUGUGGCGCCGGUAGAAAAGGUAGAAAACACUGAAGGACCAGAAUCAACUGUUAGACCCGACCUUACAGACUUUUCUGACAGUGAAGGAGAUUCCGAUAGUGAAGAUGAAAAGUCGCCUCGCACAGAAUCCAAUGUAUCAAAUGUGUCGCGAUUGUCGACAAAGUCAUCGACAUUUUUUAACUAGGCCCAAUUUAUGGAAAACUCGGCUUUAUAUUCACGAUGCGAAAUUGUUAUUUGAUAAACUAAAAUAGUACAUAUACUUUUUUCCGAGAUCAACAGCCUGUUACUAGUGGGACCUGGUCCGUCUGAAGAAACGUUACCAGUAAUGUAAUGAGAA